GUAUCUGUAACAUUAAUUCGCUUACUCGUCAAACGCCUGGCCUUUGGCAUUUACGUUUCUUCAAAAUCAAACAAACAACCCCAAAUCUCUUCCCCUCUAAUAAUCGAAUUCGAUCCACAACCACCACCGAUCUUCUUCUAAAACCCUAAUCAGAUCGGUUAGGUCAUGGACAAAAGUACCAGCAUAAGCACCAACGUUAGCAGCACGACAACUUCCAUGGAGAAGAUCGAUCAGGCAGCGAGCUGGAUCAGCGCCACAAUCAUCUCCGCUUUCUUCGCCUCCCUCGAGCGCUGCUCCUGCGUCAAUCUCUCUACUUCCCAUGACGACGAUGACGAAGAAUCCUACCACCGUCCCCUUGCUCUCUCCGCCGCUCCUCAUUCCAACGACACCGUUUGGCUCCCUGUUGACCUCUCUCUCUCUCUCUCUCUCUCUCUGGUAAUAAAAAAAUCCUAUCGUGUGCGUGUGUAUGUGUUGCUUCCUCUGGUAAUCGAUAAGUACGCAUUACAUGUAACAAUGCUACUGGAUGGAUAUUUCAGACCCUUUUGGAUUGUAAAUGUCAGACUCGGGAACUUGUUUUGUUCUUUUUGGUUUUGUGAUGCUUCUCAUGUGCUUUGUCUGUUUGUAGUGAAGAUCAUUCGUUUUGAAGUUUCUUUCGUUAAUGGGACCAAUCUGACUUCCAAGUAUUUAAAACCAGAACAAGUUCAGUUUGUUUAGUGCAACUGAUAACCAGACAGAGAUCUGACACUUGGACAUCAACUACUUCCAAAUAACACCCCGUGUGUGUGUGUGGUAUUUGGUGCGGAAUUCAAUGCGGUCAGAGUAAAUGUCGUGUUUAACUUGAACUACUCAUUAUUUUGUUUGCUUUAAGCUAGAUUCCAAGGAUUCUCUCAUUUUGAGACGAUAUUGUUUAAACGUCUUUGUCAUAUAAAAACAUAAGUAUUAUUGGACCAUCCACCGAGUCACACUCGAACCUUUUUUUUUUUACUUUUAAUUUCGCUUGGGAUCCAAACAAAGUUCAUCGGUGGAUUAGGUUGUUUUGUUCUUUGAGUUUCUUGAAAUGGGUCUCUGAGGGUUUACACCAAUUGCUAAGGAAGCAAUAUGUUGAAUCAACCAACA